CCAGUAUAGGCUGACAAGCGCCACCGCAGCUCACAGUCAGAGACACCUGACAUGCGACAAGCCUGCUGUACAUCCUAUUUACUGCUCCGGCCGAGAGUGAGCUAAUGUUAACAGCAACAGCAGAGCAGUCAGUGCUUCGGUAUUUCUAAAAGUACCUUUGUGGGCAAUGGGUCAACGGUAGAGAGGGCGUUGAUGGUUUUGUUAUAGACACAAAAGUGAAGAUAGCCUAUGGGAUCACUGUGGAAGAAGAUCAGACAGGCAACAGAAAACAAAAUGCUGUGGUUUAAUUCUCACGUGAAAUGUUUGCCCGAUGGCGGCGGGAUCAUCAACUUCUAUGAGAUGAGUGGCGGUGUGACGCGGACACUGUGCGUUAUUGAUGAGAGAAAGAAGUCCCCCAGCAAUGGUGAACACGGACAGCCCACACUGAAAGUACAAGACCUAGAUCUCUCAGAAGAGCACAGGAGUAGGAAAGCCAGCACGGUGAAAGCUUCGCCACAGCAGCCCUGUAAGAAGGAGCAACAUACACACGGUCUUAUCACGCCCACAGAGGAGAAAGUAGAAGUUAUCAAGGUUUACCUUGAGGCACGCCAGAGAACAGAGGGUAACCACCAGCAGAGCCUGAAAAUGUUGACGGAUGAGGUGUCGCAGAUACAGGAGGUCAGGUACUGUCUGAAGACUCUGAGAGAGCAGAUGGCAGCCAGACAGAAUAAUAACAACAGGUAUCCAGCCAAUGGCUACAGAGUCUCUCUGACCAACAACCAACCGGUGAUUGCCAAUGACAACAUUGUUCAGAAUGAAUCAGAAGCUCAUGUCGAGGAUAAUCGAGAGGAGAGCUUGAGGCUCAGGGAGGUAACCAAACGUCUGUAUGCACAGCUGAAGGAGUCAGAGAAGAGGCACCAGGAAGAGCGGGACAGACUGCAGGCAGAGAAUAAUGAAUUCCGCCGCCGUCUGGACAAGCAGACUGAGCAGCGGCAGAAGGUGGAGGGACAGUCUGAACAGAAGACUCAGCAGGUGGAGGAGCUGCAGAGGCUCCUGGGCAGCAUGGAGAUGGAGAACGCCAUUCUCACAGACAAGAUGACUGCAGGCGAGGCAGAGCUGCUGCAGCUCAAAACAGAAAGCGAGUACGGGAAGGAGAAAGCGCAGAGGAGCGAGGAGCUGGAAAAGGAACUAGCCUUACUGAAGGAGAAAAUUCAUCACCUUGAUGACAUGCUGAAGAGUCAGCAAAGGAAGGUUCGCCACAUGAUCGAACAGCUGCAGAACUCACGGACACUCAUCCAAGAAAGAGAACGAUUCAUCGGGGAUCUAGAGGAGAAGGUGGCUUUCUUGGAAGCCGAGAACAGAGAAAUGCAUGACCACAUGGACUACUUCCUGGGACAGCAGGAUCCUCCACCGCUGACAUGCAGUGAGAGCAAGCCCCAGGUUAUCUACAGCAAACCUCUCACACCGUCAACGCAAACCGACAAGACCCUUCCUUUUAUCAAAGUCAUUGAGAUCAAGUCCUGAACAGAGAAUGAGAGAGCAAAACGUGUGACGACAAAGGAGAGCUCAUCAAGGCAUAAACCUCGACAAACCUUAAUCUUAUCCAAGUAAAACAAUUUGUAAAUAUGUAUUUAAUCAACUACAAGGAUAUAAUACACAGGUUUGCAAUGAUUUGAAAAGGCAAGCUCAGCAGCCCCCAGGUGAUACAGCAGAUUUACUUGCAAUUGUUACUUCUUAUGAAGCUUAUCUGCUUGUGAGAAUGCUUUGCAGGUAUCUAAAGAGACCUUUAGUGGAAAGUUGAACUGGGCUUCAACGAGUGAUAGUAUUAAAAAAGGAAACAAGGAAGCAAACGACAGUGGAGGGGACUUUACACAGCUACUGACACAAGUGACAAAUCCCCACAGCACGCACUUUCCUGCAAAAUCUCCCUUUGGCAGCAGUAGGUAGUAAGUAGUAGCAUGGACUGGAGUCUGACAGAGUUCCCUGGACUGUGCUGCUUGCCUUCUCCUUUCCCUCUAAGAGUCCAUUCAGAAACUGAAAAUAAUUCUGACAGAUCACGAUAUAAAAGUGGAUCUGCAGCCAUUUCAGCUGCAGACAAUAUGGUGUUCGCAUUCUCCAUUUUCACUUGGAUUAACAGGCAAGACAAAGAAAGACUGCUCUUUUAUUAUCAUAAAUGUCGAUGUUUUACGCACACAUACACACACAUAUAUACACACACACACACACACACAGCUCUGCUGCAGACUCAACUAGAAUCCUAAACUUCAGAGUUCAGGGGUCGAAUUCCUCAUUGCUUUGCACCUCAUUGGCAGUGCCAUGCAUGCAGUUGUUUAUGUCAGUUUAGUAAUGUUCUUUUAUAUUCAACCUAAAUGUAUUUUGCAGGCAUUACCAUGGGUUUCUCAAAUGAACCUUAAGAGCAGUGAUGGUAUUUAUGUAUAUAAGAAUUCUGACCUAUUUCCGUUUGAGAGAUCAGAGGUUAGUUGUGUGAGUUACUAGUUGAUGCUGUUUAUUUAGUUUUCACAGUGAAGAGUCAUAUCUAAGCUGCCAAGUACUGCCUAAACAUCCUAUAACAGAGCAACAUGGGUCCUUUUGUUGUGCAAUUUGCCUUAACAUCAGAUACAUCUAGUAUGUAGUUUUAACAAUCAGUGCAUAAGCCUGUACUGCUCCAUCGUCAAUACAUUUCUGUCUUUCUUUGUAUGAAAUUUUAUUUUUCUGAUACCUUUAUUUUGAGAAGUUUCAUCAACUGUGUGACUGUGAAAAAUUCCUCAUUAAUUAAUAUUCUGUUACAGGCAACUGAAGUGCAGCUUUAACUUUCAUUGGGAUCGUUUGAAUAAAUGUAUUUAACUGUAUUUAAAAAGAACUUGUCCGUCUUCGCCAUUUCUUCUACUUUCAAUGAAAGAACACAUGAAGCCCUCAUGAAGCUCAUU